AUGCCUGAGCCUGCGGGAAGCGAGGAAGAAGUGCAACGUGCACUGCAGCGAGCUCGUGCACGUGUGCAACGAGUGAUGGCCGACAGCCUUGCUAAGAGUGCCACUUCGACACCGACGUGUACACCGGGAAGUACACCAGCGAAGGAGGCUGGGGCUGCUAAGAAGGUGGGGAAGAGGACCGAGCAGGCCACUCCACUGCCAGCGACAUCCCCUGCGAUUCCUACACCCGGCACGAAGCACCCCAAGCUGCCCGACAAUGCCGACGACGGUGCUACUAAGAGCAAGCGAAAGCUGUCCAGCACCAUCGCUUGCUACGAGCAGUACGUCGGCGACGAUGAUGCCUCGUCCGUGGGAACUUCGGAUUGUUCGACAAAGAUCCUGGGUGGAGGCUGGCUCGGCCCAGAGAUUUCGAGGAACUCGCUGCCUGAGCGAUCGAAGGUUGCCGGCAACACCACGGCCCCGAGCAGCUUUUCUCUUGCCGAGGCGAUGGCCACGUUCCGUGCUUUGCAAGGCAACAAAGAGUUCAUGGAGCUUCUCAGCGACAUGAGCUCAGCGGGAAGAAAGAUGGACACCAAGACAAACAGUACGGUGAGCGAGGCCUCGAGAGUUUCGACGGGAGACGAAAGUUUUUCGGAGAGCAAGGAUGAGAUGUCGAAGAUGUUGCUGCAGCCAAAUGCUGACAAGCUUCUGAAGAGUCUCUCAUCAGAUGCUAUGGAGGUCGACAACGAGGCAGUGGCAUCGAUGCCGCCACCGCCGCAAGUGCCAAUCAGGAAGGCAGCUCAGGUGCAUGUUGCAGUCAACAACCUUGACUCCUACCUGGACUCGGUCUAUGGAGGGAGCCACCGGCAGAGCCCCAGAAAGAGGGGCGAGGACAGCCCCUUGUCUGACACCCCUCAAACUGCAGCAGCAGAUGUGUCGGAGAGCAACACUGCAAGUGCAGCAGCCGCGGUGUCGGAAAGCAUCACAAGUGCAGCAGCCCCGGUGUCGGAGAGCAUCACAAAUGCAGCAGCGGUGUCGGAGAGCAACACCAGUGCAGCAGCGGUGUCGGAGAGCAUCACAAGUGCAGCAGCCCCGGUGUCGGAGAGCAUCACAAGUGCAGCAGCCCCGGUGUCGGAGAGCAUCACAAGUGCAGCAGCGGUGUCGGAGAGCAUCACAAGUGCAGCAGCCCCGGUGUCAGAGAGCAUCACAAGUGCAGCAGCCCCGGUGUCGGAGAGCAUCACAAGUGCAGCCCCGGUGUCGAGCAUCACAAGUGCAGCAGCCCCGGUGGCGGAGAGCAUCACAAGUGCAGCAGCGGUGUCGGAGAGCAUCACAAGUGCAGCAGCCCCGGUGUCGGAGAGCAACACAAGCGCAGCAGCAGUGAUGUCCAGCACAACGGAGGUCGACAAGGUUGGCCUGCCGAUGGUGCCAGGUGUUCCGCGAACCCAAGUGCUGAUCAAGACUGCCGAGGGCAUCCAGGUCCCUGCCGUCCUCAACAUGAGUGCCGAGCAAGCACGGGCAGCAGGCCUCAUCGUCCUAGAUGGCAAUUUGCCCCUUCUGCCAGCUGGAGCGCUUACCGUGCCCCCAGCCCUCAAAGAGGAGCCAAAGGUUGGACCAAUCAGUGAGUUUGAGAAGCAUUUGGACGGGCUGGCAAAGGCUGAGCCUGAGCAGGCAGUGGUCAAGGAUGAGCAGCAGCUGAAAAAGGAUGAGCAGCAGAGGCUGAAGCAAGAAUGGUUGAAGGAGAGAUCGAAGCAGGCAAAGGCUGAGUUCGAGAAGCUCAGUCCGGACUGCUGGGGGGAUGAGAAGAAGAAGAAGCAUGCACUCUACAUGAAGUUCAGAGCCAGCUGCCCAAAGGAGGUUUCGGACAAGUACUUGGAGAUUACCCGGCGCAAUGACCGAGCCGGUCGCCAGCAGAUGUUCGAAGAAUUCUUGCAGUGCUCGGGUGAUUGGCUGCAGAGCUCCAUCUAUGCCAACUCCAAGGCGUUUGAGAAGAACCUCAAGCGAGGAGUUUACAAGCUCAUGUCUCGCGAGGACGUAUUCGAUGUGGAUCUCCUGGUCAAAUAUCACGACGACUGGGAAGCCGUCGAGGAAAUAAUUGCUUGCAAGGAGAAAGAUGGACUCUACACCGAAAAUCCGGACAGGGCGAACCCACUCAACCUUCGGCCCACGAGCCCUGGGACCCUGGACGUGAACCAGACACUGGAGAUGCAUGCCCAAGCUGCUAGUGGAUCCAGUGGAAGCAACACAAAGGGUCAAGGGAAGGGCAAAAACAAGGGCAAGAACAAGGGCGCGAAUAAGGGCAAAGGAGGUGAUGAGAACGACGAGAACAUCACCCCGGUUCCCAAAGUGAAGACCGCCCUCCAGGAGGCAAAGAGUGCUUUGCAAUCCGGUGCAUCGUCCCUGCUCGAGUGCAAGUCUUGGGACAAGGAGCUCAUGACAUCGAACACGCCCGUUCACCUGAAGGAUGCGGUCCUGGAGGAUGUGCAAAAGUUCGUGGAGAAGCUGGCUGCCAUCGCAUUGGGCAAGAGCGAAGACGACCUGCGACUGGCUACAGGGGUUCUGUGUUCCACAAUUGCAGACUACAAGAUCGCAUCGAAGCAUGCCAAGAAGUUGAAAAGCUCAAGUACCAGCAAAGCUGAGGGUGUGCAAAACUCCGCCUUUGCAGAGCAUUUGAUCGGCAGUUUGGGUCGAGGGGUUCAGCACGGGAUCCGGUUCAGCUCUGCCGAAUUGGCCAAAUUUUGGGACCACUGGAGGAACAACUUCCCCUUUCAUCCGGCUGCUGAGAAGCAACCACCACAGCACACUCCUAUCGGCUUUUUUGGUGAUGAUACAUCCUACUCGCUGGCCGGUGCGAAAGCUAUAGUGAUGCUGGUGUCAUUUUGCCUUCACAAGCCUGGCCCUCAUCAACUGUCGCGAUUUCCUUGGUGUGUCUUGAGGUACGAGCUGAGCUUGGGCCCUGCAACCUUGGACCCACUCAUGAAAGUUUGUGCUUGGAGUCUCAAUGUGGCCUAUUUUGGCCGGUGGCCUCGCAUCGGCCCCCAUGGUAACCCACUGAAGGGCAGGAGAGCGGAAAAGGCUGGACAAAGUUUCGAGUGUGGUCCCUGGGCUUUGACAGAAAUCCGGGGCGAUUGGAAAUGGCAUGUGGAGCUGUUUCGCUUAAAGCGCCACUACAACUGUGGGAACAUCUGCAUGUUUUGCAAAGCUUCCAAGAACGGCCCACACAAGCCGCCAGACUUGUUCGACCGCUUUGACAACUACGAUUCGAUCCCUCGCUUUUCAGCGAGCGAGUUCUUCGAUGAGUCAUUGGGUCGAUAUAUAUGUCCCUUGGUGGCCGUCGCUGGCUUCACACCAGACAUGAUCACAUAUUGCAGCAUGCAUGUUAGCAAUCUGGGAUUGGUGCAGUGGGUAAAUGGUGGAGUGUUGAUCGGCCUCCUGCAACGAGGGGUCUUCGGCGACCCUCGGAACAUCAAGGUCCCCCAGCAGUUGAGGAUCGCGACUUUAAGGUUUCGGGAGUGGCGUUCCUUGCAUGGCAUUGAGCAAUCCCAGCCGAUUAUCACUCAGGGCAUGCUCUUUCGCGACCCACCAGAACUUACUCUGAAGGCAUAUCAUGGCCGGAUUUUUGUUUCCUUCCUCGCUGCCCUAUGUCAUGGUUUGAUCAACGACAGUGCGACGAACGACGAUGACGAGCUUUUGCUAUGGCUGGAGGUUUGCCGGAGCCUCGCUCAAUGGCACUCCAAACUGGAAGAGUGCGAUCGUUACAUGCUACGAGAGGAUGCCCUGGAACUCCAGCGAAUUGGAAAUCGCUUCUUGCAUGUAUACAAGAUCCUAGCACAUCGUGCUGCUUCCUCUGGUUCUCAGUGUUUCCCUCUCCGUCCGAAACACCACGCCUUUCAAGAAUUGAAUGCUAUGAUGAUUCGGCAGCGAUAUUGCUGUCGUUUCAAGCACUGCUUCAAAGACGAGGAUUGCAUGAAGAUCGUGAAGGCACUCUGUAGAAAAAGUCACAAGAAUUUAUUGGAACUCAGAGUUCUGGCCAGGCUGCUUUUGAGAUACAAGUACUGCACACCCGACACCAGCAGCUAG